CCCUAACAAAGGGGGAGCUACGUGUGUUUCGGUGUGCGCGCGCGCGCGAGCGCGAGAGUGUACCCCGAAGGACGCAGUCACGGCUCGCUGACGGACUCGGCGCUGCACAGAAGGCUCUUUUCUGCGGCCUUCGCCGCUCGCUACCGCGAAAAGGACAGGAGGAUGCGUGGCGGCCCGGCGCGCAGCAGCAGGCCCAGCGACUGUCUUGUAUCUGUCACCUGCACCGCGGGGCCGUCGCCGCCUUGUCGUCAUACUAGUGAUGCGGCCCGAACGGGCGCGCGUUCCCGGAGCUCUCACAGCGCACCUGAGGCGAUCCCCGCGGGCGGCUCCGCUCCUCUUAAAAGAGUUUUUUUGCGCUCGUAACUAGUUCCUUUUCGGCGUUAUUUCCGCCGAUGCGCAUUUUACGCCGAAUACUGUUACGGAAUUAGUUGAAAGGCGACGACCUGCUAACCGCUGAGACUCGGUCGGUGCCGGAGACCGGCUCGUCAGGACGGACACCUUACAGGAGCAACUCCUUUCUUGACCUCGUCCUCGACGAUAAUUAAUCGUCGUUAUUAAAUUAUCCACACUUCUUGGUUGGCAGUAGUAGGGAAGACGGACGAUAGAUACGUCCUUUGUUUUGGACUAGUCUAGUGUUGGACUACGCCUCCUCGGCAUCGACCUGUGCGGCUGUGUGUCGAGUGGCGGCCGCAGAAGGAGGCGAAGCCGCCGAAGAACGCCGCGGGUCGGUCCGUCCGUCGUCCUCGCGCCACCCCGCCGUGCUCGUCCCCGCCGCCGCCGUUCCCGUCCUCACUGACAUGCUCUCAGUGUGGCAAUGGCAUCCUUCCCGAGCAACUGCAAGCCCGACGGGAGCGCGGAGCGCACGGACGAGCUGGACCGCUCUUUGCAGCAGAUGCUGAAGGCCAUCGCGGACGAGCGCAACCGCCUCAGUGUGCGGCACGAGAUGAGCGGAUCCUUUAAGGAUGACAGGAUCGUGUUUUGGACGUGGAUGUUUUCCACGUACUUCAUGGAGAAGUGGGCCCCCCGGCAGGACGACAUGCUCUUCUAUGUGCGCCGCAGACCAGCUUACAACACAGACAGCGCUGAUGGGAAGAAGGUGGAAGUGGAGGUGUACAGGAGGGACUCUAAGAAGCUGCCUGGGCUGGGGGACCCCGAUAUUGACUGGGAGGAGAGCGUCUACCUGAACCUAAUCCUGCAGAAGUUGGACUACAUGGUCACGUGCGCUGUGUGCACACGCUCUGAGGCCGGGGACAUCCACAUCCACAAAAAGAAGUCACAGCAAGUGUUUGCCUCCCCCAGCAAACACCCCAUGGACAGCAAGGGGGAAGAAUCCAAGAUUAGCUACCCCAACAUCUUCUUCAUGAUUGACAACUUUGAAGAGGCUUUCGGGGACAUGACUGUGGGCGAGGGCGAAAUGGUCUGUGUGGAGCUCGUGGCCAGUGACAAGAGCAACACCUUCCAGGGCGUCAUCUUCCAGGGCUCGAUCCGCUACGAGGCCCUCAGGAAGGUCUACGACAACCGGGUGAGCGUGGCGGCCAAGAUGGCACAGAGAAUGUCCUUCGGCUUCUACAAGUACAACAACAUGGAGUUUGUGCGCAUGAAGGGCCCCCAGGGGAAGGGCCAUGCCGAGAUGGCCGUGAGUCGCGUGCCCACGGGGGACACCUCGCCCUGCGGCACGGAGGAGGAUUCCGACUCGCCGGCUCACGAGCGGGUGACCUCCUUCAGCACCCCACCUACCCCGGAGCGGAACCGGCCCUCCUUCUUCUCCCCAUCACUGCGACGCAAGGUGCCGCGUAGCUACAUCGCCGAGAUGAAGAAGUCGCACUCGGCUAACGACAGCGAGGAGUUCUACCGGGAGGAGGAGGGCGCAGACCUGCACAACGCCACCAACUUGCGCUCUCGCUCCCUAUCGGGCACGGGCCGCUCCCUGGUGGGCUCCUGGCUGAAACUGAAUAGGGCCGAGGACUACUUUCUGCUGUACGCCCACCUCACCUACGUUACGUUGCCCCUGCACCGCAUCACGACAGACAUUCUAGAAGUGAGACAGAAGCCCAUCCUGCUGACAUAGCGGGCGCUAGGAGUGCUGCCGACCGUGACCAAGUGCCUGCAUUCACCGGGCCCCUGGACAACACCACCACCUGGUGUCAGAGAACCAAACAUGGGAGGAGUGGAAAACCAGCCUAUAAGAAGUGCCUCUUCCUUCGCACCUGACACCUGUUAAUAAGGGCCGGCAGGCGGGAGGCGAUCUCCCAGCAUGCCGAGCCUCUCCAAGCAACCGCCAACAGCUUUCUGUCUGCUGUACUUGACCCGGAACUGAAGCAGCAUUUGCUGAAAUCCACCACUGUUUCCAUUUAAGUGUAAAGAAUCUGCAGCCCCCCGCAGAACAUUCCCUGUGUACAUUGCUGUUUUCUUUAGAGCUCUACAGACUUACCUGUUUAUUUAACGUGAUCAUGUGCGUUAAAAGGGAUCUGACCCCAGAAAGGCAGUCGGGGAUAAUGUGUGUGUUGUGGCCUUUGUUCUCCAGUAAUGGCCUUCUUUGUCUGCCUCUCCACACUAGUGUGCGGCGCGUCCCUACUCACUGUAUGAACUGCUUUCGCUGAGUGGGCCGAGAAGCGGACGGAGCAUUUACCGCACCCCUCGUGCUCCUCGUCCACUGUCUACAGCUCAAGGAGCGUACGCACCAAUGUUGACGGGCAUCAAGUGGGCGUGGUUGUCACGAGCAUGCUGUGGCAGCUUUUUUUCACAAACACCACAGCAUAUGGAGCACUGUUUGUGCAGGAGGAGCAGACGAUAAAAAUCCAGCAGAAUCCGGGACAGCGGCAGAGCUUACAGCACAAUCCCUCCACCUGUGCGUUGGGCUGUCCAACCAAGCCGGGUCCCUUUCGAACCCGCCCCGCAGCCAUGGCUUUACGCAUUCAUUCCCUGACCGGACCUUAAUCGCAACUCUUGAGCGAGAUACCAAAAACCAAUGAGACACUUGAAAUUGUACUGUGCUCUUUCCGCAGCCACUUGCACCUGUUGGGGCCCCUCGCAGGGAAAGGGAGAGAGACUUACCGUGUUUGCUGUAGGCACCCUCAGUCCCAGAGUCAGACAACAGAGUGUUUCCCAGUGAGCCUUAUUCUGUCUGCCUGUGCAGUGUGGAAGAGGUCCCUGCCUCACUCUGAAAGCUACAUUAACCAUAAGCGGCUUUCCUGAGCGCUGAUUUUGCGUCUCGAGCAUCUCCAGUGACUUUCAGGAAGCGGAGCACGGUGGAGAGCGGCCCUGGUCCUCGGUGCCGGAGCUCCUGUGCCAGGCGCUUGGCUGCAAGGUUCUUUGUGUUCAUCAUUCUCUAGAGGUGGACAGAGUGCCUUCAGGGUGAGACACCAACGUAGGCAUCUCACUGUGCGUGUGUGUGCGUGCUUGCGAGAGAGAGUGUGUAUGUCGACUGACACCAAAGCACAGCGCUACAGCACAACCACCGCAGCCCUACCACACAGUGUGGACAUCACACUAAUUUUAGUGUUCACCUCACUUUCCCUAAAAUCCAGUCAGCCUGUUCCACAUGAGCUGUGGAGAUUAGGGUGCAGCCAGUGCCUCGCUGCUCUCCUUGGUUACAGCAUCCGCGAGGGGAACAGGGGUGCUGUUAAAACACAUUUGGGAAGGACACUGGCACAGCAUUCCCCACUUUCUUUUUUCCCCCCCCAUAUUCAUUACUUAGCAUUUCCCUCUUUGGCCAGUUUAUUGUAGUGCUGGUAUAUGAAAAUGUUUAAUUUCUACUGCUUUUUUUGUGCUCAUACAAAUGCUUUCAGCUGCUUUUUAUACCAAGCAUCAAGUCCCUGUGCAUGUUAAGUUAGUCAAUUUUUUUCUGGACUUUGACUAUAUGGGUUAAUAAUUAAGCAAUCCAUUUCAUCUUUGUGGGUAGAUAAUGUUGUUACAUCCACCUGCAGAGCGCCAGUGCUGUCCUUUUUCCACCAGUAGAGAGUCAAAUGACCACUUGUUUAUCGGUCACUGGGCCAGGGGGAGGGGGGGCAGGCAGGCGCAAGUCCACUCAUUCUGUCUCAGAUAAUAAAGUACAAAUUAAACACAGUUGUACAAUUCUCUCUCCAAUUUAAUCACUGUGGCCAAACAAUGUAACUGACCCCAUGAGAUGUACCACAGUACAGACUGUGCACAGCAUCAGCGAGGAAGAAGAGGCGACACCCUUAGAAGUGGAUGUGCAAUGAUUUAUUGUACAAAGACGGCACCUUUGUGAGGGCCAGCGGCCACCUCCGCUCACACCAUACAAAGGACACUUGGAGAGUGAAGAACCGGGAGACGCACUACUGGACAACACCCACACCUGUUGCGCAGGUGCAUGUCAAAGGCUCGGUCACAACAUAGACUGGAGAGGAGCUGCACUGUCCGUCCCUGCCGCGGGGGCAGCUGGACAGUGUGUGGCCACCCAACACACCAAUAAAUACUCUCCCAUCUGUCAUUGCAGGAAACUACAGGAACAGUAAAAAAAUAGAUCUACGCUUUGAGUAGAACAGACAGCUGACAUCCAGGGCUACAGUAAAACCUGCUGUAAACUACACACACUUAAGUUUGCCUGAACUCAUACCAAAGAGGACUAAUACGGGCACCUGGGUCUGAUAAACAGCCAAUAAUAAAUUAGGUUCUGAUUGCUGAAGCAGUAUCUGAUCUGUUCAAAGUCUUACUGAAGAUUUUGUUUAUCCACUAAAAGCAUUAACAGGAGAAGGAAAAAAAAAAAAAAAAAAAAA